AUGGAUUUUGUUCAAUUGGCAAGAGGACUUCUCCCACAAAGCUUCGGAGGAAGAGUUGGAAUAGGAGCUUUAGGACUAAUUGGAGCUACAUAUGUUCUUUCAUGGCCUUAUAACCUUAUUCAUUAUCAUCGAGAAGAAAAAUAUCGACUCUCUGUUUGCUGGGAACAAUAUUUAGCAUAUAACAAUGCUUCAGAAGAAAGUUAUAAGUAUUCACCUAGAGAAAUAAAUAGAAGAAAAAUGAUGUACAAUGAGUGCAUAUGCUCAGCCCGUAAAGGAACCAAAAUUUAUCCUCCAGCCUUAUAA